AUGGCGCCUCGUGACGAUAGACCCGAGGUCAGGUUCUGUGACGGCCCCGGAAUGCCUGACCCGGGCUUCUACUCCCACGCUGUCAGUCUGUCACAGUCCAACCGCUUGGUCUUCACGUCCGGAAUCAUUGCCCAGCGACCAGAUGGCAGCUUUCCGGACUCGUUGGAGGAGCAGGCCAAACUGGUAUACACGAACCUCCAGCAGGCACUGGAAAACUCCGGCGCGUCUGCUCGAGAUGUGAUCAAAGUCACCUUCUACGUUGUCGACUGGUCCCUCGAGCAAGGCGAGACGUUCAUCAAAUUGUUUCUCGACUUCAUGACAGACGAAGACGGCACGACCCGUCGUCCUCUCACGACUCUAAUUCCUGUCACGAAACUGGCCAUCCCAGGAGCCAAACUGGAGAUCGAGGUGGUGGCGGCGGCGGCUGGAGGACAUGCCUCGCGAUACGCAGGACCCUCCAGUCGCUCCUUUGAUCGGCCAGUAGCUCCGUCAAAGGUCGAUGUGGUAGUUGUUGGAGGCGGCUUCAGCGGUGUACAGGCAGCUUGGGAUAUCCAAAAGGCUGGAUUGAGCUGCGUGCUCCUGGAAGCGAAGCAUCGCAUUGGUGGUCGAAGCCGGUCGCAGCAGCUUCAAAGCGGACCGGGCAUCGUCGAGCUCGGCGCGACCUGGAUCAACAAAAAGACACAGCCGAAAGUGUACGCCACGGCCAAACGGCUUGGUCUGGACAUUGUGGAUCAAUAUACCGAGGGAGACGAAGUCUGGCAGUUCCAGGACGGUACAGUUGUGAGAGCCAGCCCUGGUUCUUCCGAAGCCGAACAGGUCAAUCAGUUCAACAUGGCGUUGUACGAGGUACUCGAAGGGGGAAUCCAGAACAUUGACAUCCGCAAGAUCAAUGAGUUCCCCACGAACCUUGACGUCUCGAUGGACACGUGGUCGGAAAGCCAGGGACUCAGCGAUGAUGUGGGUAAGGCUGCGAUGAAGUUCUUUACCAGCGCUCUUGUUGGUCGCGACCCUGCCGAGAUCGGGAUGCAUUAUUUCCUAGAUUACGUCAAGUCAGGAGGAGGAUUUAUCAGCCUCGCGACUGAGGGCGAAGACGGCGCCCAGUCGCUCAAGAUCAAACAAGGUACAUCGGCUAUUGCGACUGGGCUUGCAGACGAGAUGAAGUCUGGAUCCAUCUUUGUCAACAGCCCGGUCGACAACAUCCACCAAACCGCCGCAGGUGCGCUUGUCCACACAGCGACUGGGGACAAGAUUUUUUGCCGCAAAGUGGUCAUUGCUGUUCCGACCAAUACCUACGGGUUGAUCAACUUCUCGCCUCCCUUGCCCCAUGAUAAGAGGGCGCUUGUCUCGCGCACCAAGCCUGGGGUGUACGCAAAGAUGAUUCUCACGUACCGCCGCCCGUGGUGGAAAGAACUCGGUUUGGUGGGCAAGUUCUCGAGCUUCAAGGGACCGAUCUGUUUCUCUUGGGACAUUUCAGACGACACGCGCAAGCAGUACUCUCUGGCUAUGUUUCUCGCGGGCGAAGUCGCGGCCAAGUGGGCGACGCUGAAUGAGCUCCAACGCAUUGAAGCCGUAGUUGGUCAUCUUGCUGAGCUGCUGGGUGCCGAGCACGGGCACCUGGCAAGGGACGAUGUGCUCGAGGUCAAUUACGUCAACUGGUCGGAGGAAGACUACCUGGGUGGUGCGCCCACGUCUGCAAUGGGACCUGGAUUGCUCUCGAGGUACGGCGCUGCGCUGCGACAGCCGUUCCAGCACAUCCAUUUCGCAGGCGGCGAGACGGCGUUCGAGUGGAAAGGGUAUCUUGAGGGAGCGCUCAGGGCGGGUUCCCGUGCAGCUGACGAGGUCAUUGCUUGGGCAAAGGAGGAGGGUCUUGUCAGAAAGGUAUCGGCGAACCUGUGA